CAAAAAAGAUACGAGUAUUAACUACUCUAAACAAAAAAAAUUAUUAACUAACUCUUCUAACUGGGAUGAACAACUAAGUCAAGAACUUGAAAAAGAAAAAACUAACAUGUCCCAAGAAACAGAAAAAAACAAGAACAAUGAAAACAAAACAACAGAUGAAGGAACAC